AUGAAUGCAGCGGAGCACGAUAUCAAGCAUAUCCCGGCUUCAGCCAGCCUUCCGGGACUGGUACAGCUCUACAUCCAGUGCGAAUAUGAUCAGGAGUUCCAGAUCUGCGUGGAUGGCCCUGCUGUUCCCACCAACCAUGAUGUGCGCGCUACGUUUACCGUAGAUGGGAACGAGAUUGAAGGCUUUAUCCACCAGCCUGGAAAGACCACAGUUUGCCGAGUGUCGCACCAUGAGUUCGACGGGGCCUUUUAUGACCGGACACUCAAGUUCCAGCGCAUAACCGCUGUUGAGGACGGCCCGCGGCCGGGAGUGGCUGAGGUUGGUGCGCUUGGGACCAUCCUGGUGGAUCUUGAGGCUGGCACAUUGUCCUCGAAGCGGAAAGCCCUACCAGCCACCAUCGAAAACAAUAUUGAUACCAUGGACGAGAAGCUCAUUCUCAAGGGGGGGUUGACGGGUCUGGGAGACGUGGCUGGAACAACAAGCAAGACGGAGACUUGGACGUUCACCCACAUUGUCCCAACUCCUACCUAUCAGCUUCGCUUCACAUACGCCACACGGGAGCUGUUAAUUCUGCAAGGUGUACUAGACGACCCCAAUGGCGCACUUCAGCCCGCAGCGCACAAGCGCAAGGCACGACACGGAGGUCUUUCUGCUUCUGCUAAACGAUCCAGGGCCAGUGAUAUUGCUCUCACGAUGGCUCAGCAGCGUCUGAAGCGUGCCAUUGAUAAACUGAACAAUGGCGGUGAGAACAACUGCUCUGAUGACGACGAGGUCAUCGAUCUCACCCAAGAAGAUGAGGAGAUUUGA